AAGAAUAAUAAAUUAUUUCUUUAUACAGAUAUCCCGUGCCCCUGUGGUUGGGAGAAAAUUUUGAAUAGCUGUUACCUGUUUGUGGAGGACACGGUCACUUGGGACACAGCUCGCGCAGAUUGUCUGCAUGCAACGUGGUGGAGACCUAGUCAUUCCAACCAACACAACAGAAUGCGAUCUUCUCAGUCAGCGUGCUUCGAACCUUGAAAUGAGUAUUCCGUGGAUCGGUCUAUUCAGGUACCUUAAUUAUAAACACGAUGCAUAAAGAAAGUUAUCCAACUUUAAUCCUAUUACAUAAGUUCUUUGUAUGUUUGCAUGGCGAUAAAAUAUAAUAGUUUUGUUUGUGGAAACACCACGUAAAUAUAAAUUUAAAGCUUUGCAGUAAUAAAUUUACGUGGUGUUUCCACAAACAAAACUAUUAUAUUUUUUAAUCCUAUUAUUCUUUCACCCUAAAAAUUUCAAGCUUUUAGCUUUCAAGAACAUCUUUUCUGUUUGAUUGCAAUCAAAACAUACCUAAUUUUAGUGUGCAGUGAUAACCAAUUUGUGCACUGAUAAAAAUGAAAUGUGCAGUGAUAAAAUUUAAAAUGUGCAGUAAUAAAAUUUGCUGUGAUAACUGAUUGUUAAUUUUAUGAAGACAAUGAGGCAAUGAGCCGAAAAACUGAACUAAAAACUCGUCUUGUUACUAGAAAGUAUUAAUAAUCAAAACAUUUUGAAUGAGAAUAACUUGAAUGAAAGUUGAAAUAAUAACUGCCAAAUUAUCGAACGUCAGCACUAUAAUAAUAUACUUAAGGCUCAUCAUAUGAACAAAGUCUCCCAUCAAAGAUCUCUUUAUGAGCUUGAAUGUUGGAGUGAAUGAUACUUGUGUAGUGUAUAAUCUUCAGGAUUCUACGUACUAGAUAAAACAUGAGCAGCCGAUCUUUAUCUGAUAUACAAACUCGAGCCGAAGGCGUGAGUUUAUAGAUCAGAUAAAGAUCGGAUGCGAAUGUUUAAAAAGCGACCCAUCUUAUAUGAGUUCAUUGGCGAAGUAAUUUUAAAAAUAAAUAUUGUCUAAGCCGAGAAAAUCAAAGUUAAAGUUUAUGCAUGUAAAUCAGGACAAAUGUGUAUCCGAUUUACAAACAUUGAUUAAACAUUCAUUUCUUUUGUAUUUUUCUCAUGAAUUGUUAAUGAGUUUUUUAAAGAAUGAUACACGCACAUUGAAAAAAGGCCCUGUGAGAGAGGCUAGAUUACAAAAUUUUCUAUGGGUGCAUGCCCCUGGAACUCUUUCACAGUUUGUCACAUCUAAGCCGCCUUAUUAUUUGCCAAUACGAAAAUAUUUCGUUCCUGCAAGCAUAUGAUUAUCAAACUAUGUUGUCAUAGAAAGUCGUAACAGCAGGUGCUGUCAAGGCCGCCCAGAAGGAGGGGGCAAUUUGCGCUGGAUCCCAGUUAAAUGUGGCCCAAAAAAACAAUUACAUUGAAAUAUACAUAUAGGCAUAACUGCCAACAAACUUUCAGAAUGCAGGAUUUGGCCAUUUCUGGGAGCUGAGAUUUCAACAAUUUCCCGGGGAGAAUGCUCCCCGUUCCUCUGAAUCAUGAGGGGAAUCAGGAGGGGCCACAACUCAAUUUUUGCAAUGGGCUCCCAAAUUUCCUUGGGGGCUCUGGGCGCUUUGCAGUGCAUGUUGAUUUUGGGAUCAUUUUAUAUAUCAAUUGUAGCCUGUCUUUUGGUUACACAUUGUGAAAGUGUUCACAAAUUUUGAGGGCGUGACUUCCGCUCGGCUAAACUUUGCACAACAAUGUGCAGUGAUAAAAAAUUCCUAAAAUUAGGUAUGAAUCAAAAUCGCACUUUUCAUCCCUUCGGAAUUGAAUGCAAAGCUAUUAUUACCUGGGUGUUAAAAUUAUUCUCAUUUUGGUUGCAAUAAAGACAGUAUGCGGACGGGAUGAUAAUUGUACAUUUAAAUUUCAAAUGGCGAUUUAACAACGAGUUUUAGUUCACUGCAGUAAUAUAAAUUGUUGUCAAAUUAUUAAUGAUUCAUUAAUGGUUUGAAAUAAUUAAUGCGUGCAUGGUUAAGCUUGUGAAAUGAGCAUCGAGAAAUAAACUCAAUUAACCCACGGAAUCUGACUGACUAUUCAAUUAUAACUAUGAUCAAUGUAAAGGGAACAAAUUAUGACUCAGAUCAAUAUAUAGGGAACGUUGCAAGUGAUACAUACAUGCAUGCAAUGCAUUCAUGCAUUGUGCAUGUUCCAUUUCAAUGCAAUGUCAUCAUUUCACUUUUACCUAUAUGACCGUAUUAUUCAUCAUUGUAAUACCCGACGCAUGAGCGGAUAUCUAAGGUCUAAAGUUGCCUCGGGCUAUUUUCAUUGCCCUAGAAAACCUAACGCUUCAUGCACGGAGCGUCUAAUUGUUCGGUAUAAUAUUGAAAAAUUGCGUAACAUUAGCUAAAUACUGUAGCAAAUAACUAUUUGCCACAUGAGCUUAAUUGGCACUAAAAAUAUUCAUAAAUUAAAUUAUGGAAAAAUUUUUGGCGCUUUUUACAGGCGAUAUGAUGGAAAAUUUUACAACACAUGUGGAAAGACACCAAGCUUCACACGCUGGUAUCCGGGCCAGCCUGAUGAUUAUGCAAACAGUGAAAAUUGUGGCCACAUGCUUGUGAAGGGGGUGUAUGAAGCAAAGUGGAAUGACGUCGCUUGCGACUUCAAGUAUUCAUACAUAUGUGAAUUUAAACAACCCAGAUGUGAGUAUCUAGCGAAGAUUCUUCGUUUCAAAGCCAGUAGUAUGGUUCGGAGACAUCCAUCGCUCGAAACGUUGAAGAUUUGUUAUCGGUAUAGUUUGAUCCUGCAGUAAAAAUCUGCAAUUUUUUUUCUGACUGGGAGGCAAGUCUGAUUCCUGCAUGGAGCGGUGUUAUAUAUAUAGUUAAAAGGCCCCAAACAGGGCAAUAGUUUAAUUCUUCCAGUCUUAUGGCUACACACGUUAUGAUCCAAGCGUAAUUUUACACUGACGAGGAACGCUUCAUCGGCAUCAUUUGGAUGCGCAGUCGAUACUGUGAAUUGGCUUACAUUUUUAUAUUGCGCAUGCAAGCCACAUGAGCAUUGCAUUUACCGAUUAUACAACUUCUCUGUCACGGUCUCAUGCAGCUUCUUGUUUGCCCUUCUCCCAUAUAUUAUGAUGGGAAAUUUUGAAUAUUUAUGAUAGUCAAAGAAUAUUUACGAUAUUCAAAACAUUUUAAAGAGGGUCCUGAAGGGGGGGGGGAGGGGGUCCCAAUCCCAUUUCCCACCUGAAAUUUUGGCAAAAUCCCAGUCCCAGUUGGAUUUUUAUUAGAAAUCCCAGUCCAUGCAGUUAUUGAAAUCCCAGUCAAUAAAAAACCCUUUAUUUAUCGGUAGAAUAAACAGUUUUAAGACUUUUUAAAUCACCGUGUGUGAAAUAUUGGGGAGGGGAUUCGUGCCGAAGGCACGGAAAAUUUUAAAAUUUGAAUCCCGGAAAUGGCAUUUGCAGCAUUCGGAGACACGCAUAAUCAGACAACCCACAAUUCCGGGCGUCAUAGUAUGCCUGUUCGCAGGUAGUGCUGUGAAUAAUAUAGUUAUUAACAACAAAAACCAUGACCAAAGACACCAAAAACAGAUCAAAAUUGGGAAUCGACUCACAUUACUUCAAUCACAUUCCCAUUUUUGAGAACUUCAUUUCCCAUUCCCAGUGGCCAAAUCCCAGUCCCAGCAACCCAAAUCCCAUUUUCCCAGUCUAAAAAUAGAUCAAUCCCAGUUCCCAUUUUACCCCUUCAGGGCCCUCUUUAAAGGCUAGCUGUGUAUUGCCUUAGUAAAAUCACCUCUGCUAGCUUCAACAGCGAGAAAGGCCAUGAAGGUGAAGUUUUCCCCCUCUAAAUGUUUUAAAUAUCACAGAUAUGUAAAAUUUCCAAUCACAAUAUGGGCACAUUAACAUUAGUAUGUCAUAUUCCUUCGGCCUCAAUAUUUCCGAAAUAUACAUUUUUUGUUCCAAGUAUUCAUAUUCCUACUAGAAAUAUUCCUCUAGUUAAACUAAUUCAAAAUCCACUAUUCAUUCCUGAUUCAAUCACGGUAAAAAAGUCCAUAAAAACUCAUUUCUACAACAGUUAAACUUCUGUUGGACGCUAUAAUACAUAGAACUCGAUUUUUAUCUAUUGAAAAGUGAUUUUAAACACCUAAGUCUUAAGGUUGUUCGAUAUAGUUUUCUAAAAAUGGAAAAUUCACGAUUUAGAUCCGUAUUUUGGAGAAUAGACUUUAUGCAUAAUGACGUCACAAGGCUUGAUGCCCGCGAGGAAUGCCGGAAAAUUUCGAUAGUGGUCAUUUUGAAUUGUUUAAUUUUCUUGGGCGAUGACUACUAAGACCAGCAUUCUUCGCGGGAACAAAGUUAUUACGACUGACGUUCCAAAAUGGCGGGUAUUUUGACUUUAAAGUAUUUUAACUCGUAAACGACAUUACUUUAAAGGCAAAACUUCCGCCAUCUUGAAAUGUCAUCGUUGCCAAUAGCAACGUCACUUGGUGUUGUUUUACAUCUGUGAGAUACUUUUUGUUUUCCAACAUGUAAUAAUUGUCCAAAAAUGUGGAUUUAAAUCGUGAAUUUUUCAUUUUUUUUUAACUAUAUGGAGCCACAGUAUACAUACUCUUUUACUAUGUUAUCGUGUAUGACUAAUUACGUCUUUUUCUUUUAAUUGAAAGGUGACUGAAGCAACAGAACUGUCGACUGAUAUCAUGAAACUCAGUUAUAGUAUAGCAAUAUCUCUUGUGAACUAUGUAGUUAUUCAGAUAUUUGUAGAAUAAUUUUGUUUCCUGUAAAAGAUACCUGAUUAAAUGUUUGAUUUGACAACCGAGCUAAAGAGUCUCUAAAUUUCCUAACGUUCCUCAAUCCUCAUCCCUACACCUCUGCCUCUGGGCCAAGCUGCGUUUCUCUUCGCACCGUGGUAGCAUUCCCUUCCAUACGCCCUUUCAAAUAUGAACCUUUUGCUUUUUCAGUAACGUGCUCACGAAAGUGGUUGAAAAUUAAACUUUUACCGACAAAAAAGCAAUAUCAACAAAUUAACAUAGUUGUAUAGAAGGGAAAAAAUGGGGGGGAGGGGCAGCAAGAAAUUUGCCAGUCUUAUUUGCAUUUUGCCCCACUUAUAAAAAAAUUUCCGGAUAAAAUUCCCAAAAUGUUUGUCGAUGGGCGGGGGAUUAGAAAAAUAUUCUUGCAUUUCAAUAUUUUCCCACGCCUUUUCGUCCAACUUACGUUAUAAUUUGCCCAACUUUACGGUUUACUGGGACAGCUCCAGUGGCGUAGCAAACUCGAUAAUUGGGGGGGGGGGGGAAGCAAUAUUCAUAUAUCCGUGUUUUGCAUCAUUAAUUUCUUUUGAAAUCAAUUGUUUCUAAGGUCUGUGAACAUAUUGCCCCCGCCCCCAAUUAUCGAGUUUGCUACGUCACUGGACAGCCCCUCCCCUUUUCCCACCCCGCCAUCUUUCCUUUGCUAUUCCACCAUACUGUGAUUCCACGAGGGCUCCAGUGCACAUCCAGAAAU